ACGCCAAGCAGCGCGCACCAGAAAGCGGAAAUGGCGAGCUCCAGGUUCCUCUUCAGCAAUGGCGUUCUGUCGCACAGUUCCGAUAUUCCUGAUGUGAGAACCUUCCUCGAAUCCAAUCCAGGCGCUUACACUACCACAAGGACUCACAACAAUGCAUCGUGCCUGUUGUUCUGGGAGAGACACUUGCGGAGACUGGCGAAUUCUGCGAGAAUUUUAUGCGAAUCGAAUCCACCACUUCUGUUCAAGUCGGGCAAAUCCACACACUCGUUAUCAUUAUUACCGUCGGUGUGGGAGUCAGUUAUUCGGACACAGGUUAACGAGUCCAUGCGUGAAGUAUUACCGGUCGCAUUGGGAGGGAGGAGGUACGGGGAGGAAUUGGCAGUUACGGCACAUGUGAGUGGGGAUUUGAUGACAUUUAGUGAAAAUAAGACCGUUGACGAAGAGAAUUUGUCUAAAGCUCUCGAUGUGCAUGUGCAUAUCGGGGCUUAUGUGCCUCCUGAAUUUGGUGUUGGAGGAACUGGUGCGCAUUUGGCUGUGGUGGGUCGCGGAAGGGACGUUGCUGCAGCAAAGUAUUCGGAAUGGGUAAGGCUUAGGAAGCCUCUGGAGAAGCUAAGGCCUCCUUCAGUGACUGAGCUAUUGUUGUCAAAUGAUGGUGAUCGUAUACUUGAAGGUUGCUUGACAAAUUUCUUCGUAGUCUGUCCCAAGGAUAUUGAUGAAAUUGGGGGAGAAUAUUUACAUGACUACAAAGGUGCACAUCUCUUCGAAGUACAGACUGCACCUAUUGGUGAUGGUGUACUUCCAGGAAUUAUACGGCAACUGGUUAUCGAUGUAUGUUUGAGCAAGGGCAUCUCUGUUCGAGAAGUUGCACCAUCAUGGUUUGAGCACGAAAAAUGGAAAGAGGCAUUUAUUACAAAUAGCUUGAGACUUAUGCAGCAUGUGCAGAAGAUUCAAGUUCCAAUUUCAUGGGAGUCAAUCGAACAAAAAACUUGGCAGGAAAUAGUGUGGAAGGAGAAGCAUUUCAAGGAGAGUCCUGGGAAGCUGAUAACCCUGAUUCAGAAGGAAAUCAUGGAUAGAGCAGACCUUGAAGGAUAUCCAUGUAUUAACUUUGCAUAGCUGGUAGAGGGUUUGUUGUUUUUCCCAUAGGCAAGACUGAGCAAGUAUCCUCGUGUCUUCGGCAGUUGGAGAUAGCAAGAAGGCCCUGCCUGCUUCAUGGUCUUGUAAGUUCUCAAACACACAAGGCUAUCUUGUGCACAUCCUUGAGAUGCGAAGCCGGAACAUAGUUUUUGUUUUUCUUUAUUUUUUGUAAAGGACAUGGUUUAUGAAUGACAGAAUUUUCUCAUUCCAA